CUGCACAGUUGCUCUGGUCCAAACUGACAGCAGUGUGACUGAACACACAUCUAUACGCAGCAGAACUCCGAGACCUGACAUGCGUCUUGAGUUUGCGGCGUGAAAUGACCGAGAUAGCGAGGUCUGUAACUGACAGAGAGACUAAAUCGAAUCAUGAGCAGCAGCAGCAGGUUAUAGACUCCCCUGAAAAACAAUGUGGGACUGGAAGACUGUGUGGGCACCUGUUUGCUGCUUGCAGUCUGUCACCGUGAGGAAGCAGCCCUAAGUGGAUGUGACUGCUCUGAUUGCACUCUAUGGGAAAGCGAGAAGAAAUAGCCUACCUCUGAUCACCAACGCGUCAUAUAAUGUUUCAGCGGACGCCCCUCCCCCUGUCUCGUUUUUUCCCCUCACUCAACCUCUCCUUUGACUCACAGAGGCGGCUCACCACUGGCGCACGGACCGUGGAGGAUACGGGCAGAAGAUGGCUGACUUAGCCGGGCCCCGCAAGCCCUCGGCGGCAUCGCCAGCGUCACACGGGCCGCGGAGAAGCUGCAAGACAUCCGCCGUCUGGCGACUGUAAACAGCUGCCGCCGCUUCUCUUUCGCCCCCCUCCUCUCCCCGCCUCACCGCAAAUAUUGACAGAAGUCUCACAGAGAGAAAACAUGGCAGAGAUGGAAAAAGAAGGCAGACCUCCGGAAAAUAAAAGAAGCCGAAAGCCAGCUCACCCGGUGAAAAGGGAAAUAAAUGAAGAGAUGAAGAGUUUUGCAGAGAACACCAUGAAUGAGCUGCUGGGCUGGUACGGCUAUGACAAGGUGGAGCUGAGAGACUCUGACAACCUGGAGAUAGGGGAGACGCCACAGCAUAUCUCCGUCCUCAAAGAAAACUUGUUGCCAAAAAUGCCAGCUUCAGCAGAAAUCGGCGAAGGCUCUCCGGAUAGAGCCAACGGCUCCCAGUGUUUGCCAGCCUCUAGGAAUGGAGUCACAGAGCCCUCCACCACACCGUCCACCUCCACACCCAGCACCAAGGAACAUGGCAACUUGCCCAUCAUAGUCCCUAUGAUCCCCCCGCCACUGAUCAAGCCCCCUGCAGAUGAAGAUGCAUCCAAUGUGCAGAUCAUGUGCGCCUGGUGCCAGAAGGUCGGCGUUAAACGCUAUUCUCUGAGCAUGGGGAGCGAGCUGAAGAGCUUCUGCAGUGAGAAAUGCUUCGCCGCCUGCCGCAGAGCCUACUUUAAGAGAAACAAGCUGGGAUAUGUAAGGAAUUACACUGCGAGAGACGACGAUGGCCUCGGUGGGAAAUUACCCCAGCACAGCUUUACUCAGGACACGCCCAGGCUUGUCUUCAAGACAAACAGCGAUGUGCUUGUGUGUGACUGGUGCAAACAUAUUCGCCAUACUAAGGAGUACCUGGACUUUGGAGCUGGAGAGCGGAGGCUGCAGUUCUGCAGUGCCAAAUGCCUGAACCAAUAUAAAAUGGACAUUUUCUACAAGGAGACCCAGGCUGCACUGCCUGGAGCACUGUGUAACCCAGGACAUGGGACUAGUGGGGAAAGUAAACUGGAGUGCAGUGGAGGGGUACAGCUGCUCACUCCUGAAUCUUGGGGGACACCAUUAACGGACCUCCGACGUAAAGCUCCCUCACCAGGAGGGCCUUCCACAACCUCUGCUUUGGCCCCUUCCAGUUCUUCUGCCACUUCACCCUCAGAUAAUGCUGCUGUCUGCUCGCCGUCCUCCUCCUCCUCAGCCAAGAUCCCUACACCCAGACCCCAUGAAAGCCCCACAAUUCCUCCUCCACCUGUUCCAACUUUGCACCCACCUGUUGGGGUUCCUUCAGGUAGCCCUCCAAUGGUGAUGACACCCCGGGGACCCAUGCCCCUGCCUUUGUUCAUGGAGCAUCAAAUGAUGCAGCAGAUGCGUCCACCAUUUCUUCGCACCUCUGCCCACCCGGCAGGACCCAAUAGCCCCCUGUCAAACCCUAUUAUCCCUGGUAUUGGCCCACCACCUCCCCCCAGGACCAUUGGUCCAGCGUCAAGUCCCAUGCACAGGCCCCUGCUGUCUCCACAUGUUCACCCCUCAUCCAAUCCCAAUCCUGGCAUGAUGCCUCCCCAUCCUGGUCUCCCCAUGCCAGGUCUGCCCCCUUUCCCCCCAGUCAACAUGAUGCCCAAUGGACGCAUUCCUCUACCCCCAGUGAUGAACUUUGGUAUGCCAACCUUGGCCCCACUGGUACCCCCACCAACUCUCUUGGUCCCUUACCCUGUCAUUGUACCCCUGCCAGUCCCAAUCCCUAUUCCAAUCCCAAUUCCCUUCAGCCCCAAAGACUCCAGGGACCAGCCAGAGGGAAAUGGCUCCAUCCAAAAUGCUCCAGAGCCCUCCAAAGCUUCAGCUUCUGGUCCACAUUCUCCAGGUUUGUGUGGAGGUGACAGGGGUGAGCAGAAAAUAGAGCCAACUGGUGCAGCAUGUCUCUCUCCUUUACACUCAGAGAGAGGUAGGGCAGCUUUGGUGGACUUGACUGUGAAGGCAGAGGACAAUUCGGGCAACCUAUGUUUAUCCAGCGGCCCUGGAUCGAUGGAAGGAGUGAUUGAUCUAACUGUGGGCCAGAAGUCAGGUCAACAGCAGGUAAUUCAGAGGAUGCUACCAGGAGUGCAAGUCAAAGUAGAGGCAGAUGCUGAAUCAAGAUCUCCACCAGCUCUUGGGCUGGGUAGGGAAAAAAAGUGUAGUCAUGAUGGAGGGGAAGGGGCCGUCUCACAGGGCCUCCUCAGUACGGCAGAGUUGGAAGGGGCCACAUUCCCAAACACACUGGAAUCAUCAGGCCCACCUUCCAGCAACAGCAGCCCUUCUGGCAAUGCUGAUCCUCCAGUGAACCAGCUAAACCCCUGUAUCUCCAACAUUACCCCACCACCCUUACCCAGCACAGCAAGGACCCAGCCCCAACCCCUGCCUCAGCUCCAAACUAGCCCUGCUGCCCCAUGUAAUGUCAUAGUCAAUGGUACGGGAUGGCAUUCACUUCUCACUCCUGCCUUUGACUCUUGCCCUGAUCGAAAAGGAGACUGCGUUGCAGGAGAAGAAGAAUCAAAGGGGCAGCCAGCUAAUGGUGAGCUGGAGCGAGAAGCACUGAAAGAGAACAGUUGCUCGGUUGCAGAAUGGGAACCUGGGAAGCGGGUCCCAGUGCCAGAUGAGAUGGCAGACACACUGGAGGGUAAGCCAGACCCUGAUUCUAACUUGGAGGAGGGUGAGCACGCCUAUGCCCUGCCGCUGUUGUCUACCGGAGGCUGCGUGGUCAUCCAGCCUGUGCCAAAGCCCGGCACUGACAAGACAGCCAUCCUGUCCUGCUCCAUCAGUGCCCCUUUAUCAGCAGCCGGGAGCCCUGAGCUGGAGCCGCCGCUGAAGAGGAGGUGUCUGCGAAUCCGCAAUCAAAACAAAUGAGAUGGACGCUCUGAGGACCACAGUGCCAUCAACGACACUCACUUGUCCACCCCCCACCUCCGAAUCCCACCCCUCCCAACUACACCACUGCACACGUGCACACACAAACAUUUUUCUCAUCUUCACUCAUCGUCCAGUCUACCAGCACCACAAAUCGCCUUCGACGACUGAUGAGAGUCCAACCAAACAUCUUGUGUAUCAUAAUAGAGCGGACAGGACUCCUUCUUUCUGUGUCACAGACACUCUGAUGGACUGAACUUUUUGAUGUCAUGGUCAGCAGGACCGCUUGACCUUUGAACUGUAGACAGUAUUCCUGCAACAGGAGGACUUUACCCCACUGUUUCUCUCCUCAUUUAGUGACUCUCAGUCCGCACUGGCUCUUAAUACCAUAUAGCUUAUCCACCCUCUGCUAUCAAAGAAAGUGCUUUGUGUAUUGUCUGCCACUAUGGAACAAACUGUAGUGUCCUAUAUUCAAAGCUGCUGCUGGGACAUUAGUGAAGGAACCCUACUGAGAGAUUUCCAUCCCUCAGUGAAAUGCUCCUGUUUCGGUCCAACGUCGUGCCACACCGUGGCUAGAAAAGCUCUGAUCCAGUAAGUGUUAUUGAAUGCAUUUCACGAAGUUAAGAUUUAGAGCCACAGAGAUGGCAAAAUGGCAGAAACACUGUUCUGCCGUCUUGGUCUUUGCUUGUGCACAACCAGCUAAAAUGUACUUGCCAAUCUGACACUGUUCUGUGUGAUUGUGAUGGGUGGUAGCUAUAAAGAAGCACAAGCAUGAAUACAGUUAAUAAAACACGACUGAAGGAUUGUUUGAAAAGAUAGAGGCUAGAAAAGAGCCCUUGGACAUAAAAUCACCAGACCUGUCGAGUAUUAUUCCUACUAAAUUAGCAAACUGGAGAAUAAAAUAUUAACCUUCACCAGCAAGGGAUGGUGUGUUGGUGGAAUCAUGCAAUCUCUGUCAUUUUCCUGUGGCUUCUAUUCAUUUGCGCUUAAACUUCACAGAAUUUAAAUAUAUGUCGUUACACAAGAAUGAGACAGAAUUGUCAUGAUAAUCAUUCCUACUCCUGACAGUUUUACACCCUCUGGAAUGCUGUCUGUGAGCUUUAACAUUAACACAUGGUAGUUACAGUAAUAGGGGCUCCUGCUUUCAAGGUUUACUGCACCUCCAAAAGAACUGGGAAGGCAAUUCAAUGUAGAAGUUCAACCUGCAAUGGGCACUUGCUUCCGCAGGCUAGUUCUCAGUCUUUUCUAUAAUACAUUACCAGUGACGUUCCUGUAAUGGGUUAGUUUGAGACUGUCUACACUGAAUUUAGAGAGGUCAGAGGGGUCUUUUGGGACCCAGAGGAAAACUGCUGAAGAAACUACUACUAAACAGACUGAGAACAAACUCAUUUUGAAAGUAAUCUGAGGAAUAUUUUAUAUGCUGCCUCAUGCUUAUCCACCAAUCCUGCCAAGUUGCUUAUUUUUUUGCCAAGUCUUUCAGUUUUAAGCUUAAGUUUAAAAUCAGCAUUUUCCUUGAUUCAGUGUCAUGCUCUAUGUACAGCUAUUUGGGCAGUUUAAGUAAAUUCAGCUGUCACCCAUCCAGUUUGAUCUGAAGCCUGUGAGUUGGGACUCCGUCAAACAAAGCCAGCAUUUAGUUUACACUCCUGGAGGAGGUACAAUAUACCAGGGCGAGACAAGGUAUUAUAAUAUGCCAAAGGCGUCUGGUGUGUUGAAGCAAAACAUGUCACCUAGUUUUCAGCAGAAAUUAGAUUUCAAAGUGAAGUCUUGACCAGAAAAUUUAUAGUUGCCAAAAUAACAAGCACUUAAAGGAAGAUACUAGAGAGCACAAGUGGACGUCAAAAGCAGUAUUAACAGUAUUAAGGUGAAAUGCAAAUCUGGAUUAAAAAGAUGUUACAGGACUUGGAUGAUCUUUUAUCAUGAGUUACAUCAGAUAUGUACUACACUUUGCCAUCCCGUACUUUCUCACUGAUUUUCAUGUAGCCUUUGCUUUAGUCAGUUCUGCCAUGGUGAGACAUUGUGUGAUUUAUUUUGUGUCCACAUUAGACCCAGAAUUUGCUCAUACACAUAGGCAUACCUGCUGUACUCAUACUCAUACACACACAUGCGUGCACACACACACGAUGCACAUAGUAAAUGUAACGAUGUGUAUGUGUGUGUGAGGCAGGUGCAAGCAGAGAGACCAAUUGAGAUUGCAGAAUGUUGACUCAGAGUAAGUUGUGUGCAACUCUAUCUGUUGCCUGUUAGUCAGGCAUUUAGGCUUAGCUUGCUGCUUGCCAAGGCCCAGCUUUGGUGUCACUUAAAGCAUUUCCUUGCCCCCGCUUCAUUUCUCCCCAAGCAAAGGCAGUGGAAAUGCUUUGUUUCUUUCUUGUGUUGCUAAAUCACAUUUGUCCAUAGGUAGAGGUUUUUCUUUCUGUAAAUCUUUUAACAGACAAUAUAUACACACCAUUUCUAAACUUAUAGUUUAUAGCAGAGAAAUAGAAAUUGAGCAGUUACUGGAAUUUCUCUGUCAAGUCAGUUGUCUCAUCCAGAAUCCAGUAAAAGAGCAAAAACCAGGGUUGAUGUAACCUAGAAAUUGGAUCCUUUAGUUUCUGUGUUGUGAAACAAAUGUGGUAGACAUACAAAAUUAGGGCUAUAGCCAAGAUUUCAGAGGUCUUGAAGGGGAUAUGCCCCCCACCCCCGAACACACCCCUCAACAUUUUGACCAGAAAAAAAUAAUUUCUUAGUUACUUUGGUUCUUCAUAUUUAAUCUCUUCAGUUAGCUUUUCAAUUAUACUUUAUGUGAAUUUGAUUCCUUUUAAAAUGUAUAUUUAUUUUAAUCAAUGGAAUGCAGAGUCUCCCUAAAGGACAUGGCCUCUUCAGCAGAAGCUAUUCUGUACAAAAGAGAGCCACUGAUACAGCUUUGUCCUUUGUGCGAAGCAGCACAAAUUACAGUUUCCUUGUGGUUAUUGUAAGAGCCUGCUCCAAGCAAUUUAAAGAAAUGGGAAAAGUGUUUAGUUAAUUUUCAAAAUGAUCAAAAGGUAGAGAAAGGUGUUAAUGUUGUUAUUAUAUGACAUAUAGACUGACACAUUAUUGUCCUGCUAGCAUUCGAGACCAGUGAUAUCAGUGUGAGCAGAUUGCUAUGGAAUGUACGGAGCACACUGAUCCUGUUAAUCAUAGGAUGAACCCUUUUCAAUUUGAACUGUGGUGAUGAGCUCUCCUCUAGCGCCACCCUCAGGACAAAAUAUCAACUUUGCUCUUGAAAUAUCUAAAACUACUGGCCAAAUUUCAAUUAAAGGAAUUCAGCAUUUUGGAAAAUGCCCUUAUUUGCUUCUCCACUGAGCAUUAAAUUAGAAAUUGUUAACACUCACACUGUGUAGCUAAAACCAGUCAGUUAGCUUAGCUUUGCACAAAGACUGGAAACAUCUAUAAUGAAAUCUUUUGUUAUGACUGCUUUUUCUCCUGCUCGACACCUUCACACACACACAUUCAGACACACACAGACACAACAACAUGCAUGUUACAUCUGAUCCUAAUCUGCACCAUGUUGUGUUGGCGUUGCAAAUGAUACACAAUGUCUGUGUCUGAGGCAGAUAUUGAAGAUAUGAGAGCCUAACUCUCAAGUGGACAUCCUGGACCACUGAAUCAGUCAUUGUGAUAGCAGACAGACUCAUGACAAAUCUCCAGCAUUCCUUUUUUGAUGAUGGACUACAGGCUUGGUCAACAGCCUGAAUUAUGCAAUGACAACUCCAACCCUAAUAUAGAUGAGUGGUCCACAGACAAAAUAAAACAUGACAUGACUUCAUGUUACUUUUCAAAAACAACAGAGAAGUUGCCUUAACUCUUGCUUGUAUAAUCUCUACAGUUAAGACAAUGAUGCUCGCUUGUAAAGAAGACUAUCCCUUCUUUGUAAAAAAUGAAAUAUACCAGAAACAACAACUUUGUUAUCUUGCUAGUGUCAAUGUAUACAUGAUCCGCUUUUUCUGUAACUUGUAUGAACCCUCACAUUUUUGCUAAGAAGAAACCCUCCCCUUGAACUCCUUGUUCCUAAACAUCCAAUCUGUUCAGCGUUUUAACUUGUGGUGGACUGUCAAUCUUUUUGUGUACAUUUUAUAGUAUUAUUUAUUGUUGACAAGUUUUGCAUUUGCAAAUAAGAAAAAAGUGAAGGUGGUUUAACCUGAGCAUUCUGUUCCAAUGUGAAUGCCUGGUUAACAGUGAAAAGCUUUUUUUAAUUAUUAAAAUGGAGAAAACAGUACUAUGAGGAGAUGAUCUUCUGAUUUUUUUAUUAUGACGUUGUAACAUGUGCAUAACAUGUGGCCAAAUUUGCUUUGGAAAAUAACCAUUUUUUGUGUUGUAACAGUAUUUGUUUUAUUCAGUGAAUUGCUCAUGAAGACAAAUAAAUAA